CAAUUUGACUGACAGACAGUCUCAGUUCUGCUUCCCGGCCGCGGCUCUGAGCCUUUAUCUCGGAGCCCAGCGCGGCCUGAGGAGGAGCCGCCGGCGGCACCAGCAUCAUGGUGUUCUACUUCACCAGCCACGCUGAUUCAUCUGUUUACACCAUUUAUAUGGGAAAGGAUAAAUAUGAAAAUGAAGAUCUAAUUAAAUAUGGCUGGCCAGAAGAUAUUUGGUUUCACGUGGACAAACUUUCUUCAGCUCACGUGUAUCUUCGGUUACACAAGGGGGAAAGGAUAGAAGACAUUCCAAAGGAAGUGCUGAUGGAUUGUGCACACCUUGUAAAGGCCAAUAGCAUUCAAGGCUGCAAGAUGAACAAUGUUAAUGUAGUAUAUACACCGUGGUCUAAUCUGAAGAAAACAGCAGACAUGGAUGUGGGACAGAUAGGAUUUCACAGGCAAAAGGAUGUGAAAAUUGUAACAGUGGAGAAGAAAGUAAAUGAGAUUCUGAACCGAUUAGAAAAGACCAAAAUGGAGCGAUUCCCAGACCUAGCAGCAGAAAAGGAAUGCAGAGACCGAGAAGAGAGGAAUGAGAAGAAAGCCCAGAUCCAAGAAAUGAAGAGGAAAGAAAAAGAGGAAAUGAAGAAGAAGAAGGAAAUGGAUGAACUUAGGAGUUAUUCUUCAUUAAUGAAGUCUGAGAAUAUGUCUUCAAAUCAGGAUGGCAAUGAUUCAGAUGAAUUCAUGUGAAUGAAGAAAACGGACUGUGUGAAUUUUUGGACAGAUAGACAUUUUGAUUUUCAGAUGUGUUCUGCAUACCAAAAAACCCACCUAAAAUCUACAUGAAUAUCAUUCACUUUGGAGAUUUGGGAACUUGGUUCAAUUUUUGUUUGUGGAAAAUGAUCCCAUGUAAUACAGUGGAGCUUGGAGACAGCGAGUGUGUAGCUUUAAGAAUGAGGAAAUGUUUGUACCAGAAGAACAUGUCUUGGCUCUUUAUGAGAGUUGGCUGUCCUUGCUCUUGGAAUAGGUUUCCAAAAUAACUAACUUGGGGAAGUAUUUGUGUUGCUAUAUUAUUUCCCUAAAAAAAAAAAAAAAAAAAAAGAUGUCAUAGAAGACCCGCUUAUUUUGCAAAUUUCACCCCCGUGUAUGUUUUGUAUAGUAGAAUGGGACAUUUGGGGGGGAUAAUGUUUUCUCACAAUAUCACCAAUUAGAAAUGGAUAUGUAUGUGAUUUGAAAUGACAGGAACUUGGACCUGUACUUUUUUUGAAUGAAGACAAUUAAGAAGGACUUAAUUACUUUUUGUAUUGCUCACCUUAUUCAAGGAAAGAUUUAAUAUGCACGUUCUGUUGUCAUUUCUUAUCCUAUCAGUAUAGUGAUCCUGUGAUCUCUUAGUCAAACACCAGGUUCUAGCUUUUUUAAGACAAGGGAGGUCAUCCAUUGACCAUCAUAAUACUAUAAUAUUAAAAGGAACAGUCCAUGAUCCUUGAGAUUGGGAUUCAUGCCGACUUGUAGACAUUCAACUCUGGCUACACAUACAAAUUCUUUGCUUUUAUUGUUUCUUCACUUUUUGGUAUCUGAGAUCUAAGUCUUAUUUGUUCCAAUUUGCUUUGAUGAGGCAUGCCAUCCACCCAAAAAAUCUUUCUUGCUAUUGAGUUUUUAAGUACAAUGAUCCCUGUCCUCUCUGAAUGUGCUUCAGACGCUUUUACUUUAAAAGCCCUAUAGCAACCAAAGCAUGAUUUAUAGUUACAGGGAUUCACUAAGAGUAGCUAGAUUACAUGGUUGCAGUGGGAGGAUAGUCUUUUCCAAAUCUUUUUCUAGGUUGGUAAUCUUCAUUUCAAAGAUGAGCUUUGUUUUUAGGGUUCUUACCUCAUGAAUGUAGCAAGAGGCUAAUGUCCACAAUGCAGGUAUGAUACCAGAAAAAAAUAGAAAAUUUAAAGAGUUUUAUAAUCAAUGGGCCAGCUUUGUUGUCUUGAAAUAGUAGGAUUGUUCUUUAUAGUUGUAACUCCAGACUUUAGAUUUCUUCCUUUGAUCUGGAAUAAAAGCAUAAGUGGUUUUUAUGUAGGUUCUUAUAAUUGGAUCAUCUUAUGUCUAAUGACUUCAGUGAUUUUUGUCCUGUAAAAGAGGAUAAAGAAACAAUGAAAGAAAAAACAAAAACUACAAUUUUAGUGGUAAUCUAAGUAAGUUUACCUUUUAACCUAUCCCUGCUCAGACUCUCACUCUUUCACUUGCUGACCCUGUGCUCUAGGGCCAGGAAAAAGCCUUAACCUAAAAGUACUACAGCUUAAAGCAUUUUCAGAGGCCAUUUGGCCAUAGUGAUUUGGAAGGCCUAUUUAUGUGUAUUUCCAAGGUGAUGUGCAGAGUUGGACUUGAAAAGUUAAUGUCAUUCCAGACUACUGGAAUCAGAACUUUGGAAUGGGACUGCUAGAAAGUAAUGAUUUCCCAUAUAAUUUUCUCUCUCUUCUAAACAUAGGGUUUUUACCAUUAGAAAAGAAUUAAAUAUCAUCACUGAAUAAGAAAAUCAAUGAUAAUUCCAAAUAUUAUUUAAAAAGAAGGGAUCCCCUUUUUCAUCUCUCACAUUUUUUCAAGGUAACAUACUAUGAUCCAAACAAUUCUGUUUUUCAAUGCUUUUUAUCUUUGAUUGUUUUCCAGUGUUAUUUCCCACACCUUUUACCCAAGGAAUUUUCUCUUUUUAAUCUGAUCUUCCAGGAUUCAGAAUAUCUCUUACUUCCAUGAUCUUUUUCCUGCUUUGUCUAGUUCUGUAAUGAAAGGGAAGUCAACCAGUUUUAAAUGCAUAUUUAUGCAUUUUUUAUUAGUUUGAGGAGGAUUUGAAGGUUAUACCCUUUAAAAUUUUAAAAAAUUAGUGAUUUCAUUGGUGUAGACAUUUCCAACAUGAAUUUGUCUGACCAAAACCUUAUCUACUGACUUUCUGGUGAUGAGCCCCUCCAAAUUUAGCAGAUUUCUUUCGUAAAUGAGAGAAAAAGAUCCUAGGUCCAUAUUUAAAGCCUUUUCAUGUUGAGUAGGAUCUCCAGAGCUUGUCUACUGACAUACCUUUGAGAAGUCAACAUGAUUUUCACAGCAGAAUUAAAAUUAAAUUAGAACUUUCUGUAGAGGAAGCUAUACAGAUGAGAUAAGUUGUAAUUGCAUUGAUUCAUGUUGUUCAUUUUGCCUGUUUCAAAUACUAAUCCACCUCAAAAUCCCUUUUUCAUUGCCUUACUAGGCAGCUGAUCUCACUUCUAGCUGUCAUCCUUAGGAUUUAGUUUUUAGAGUGGGAGAAUGGUCCAACUUCUAGUCUAUAGUUCAAGACUUGGAAUAUUUCAGCUCCUUUUGUUCUCAGGCCCAUUCCACAAAUUCAAUUCAGAAUUAUUCUCCUUGGAAAAAUAUAUCAUACUUUGGAUUCUAAUUACAGAAAUUGUUUGAUUAUAUUCUAUUCUUUCUCAUGUACUUAGCACCUUGCUUGGUUCCCCUGAGCCUCCAGUCUCAAUCAGCACUUUUUGCCUUCUGCAUGAACCUUACACAACCGCCACCAGAUUCACUAAUAUAAUUGGUUGCAAGAUACACUAGGUACAUUAGUAUUUCACAUUUUUCCCCCCAUCUAUUUCAUACUUCUGUCUCCAAUAUUCUUCAGAUUCUGCAUUUACAUUGAAUUACAUCCACCCUAGCUGGUCUAGGGUCAAUUAUCAUGCUAUAGGGAUUUGUGUGUAUAUGAUAGGGGUGGGAGGGAAGAAAGGGGUGAUUACAGUGCCUUAGCAGAAGAUUCAUCACCCUCCAAGAACUGGCAUUCAAUGUCCAGUGGAACCCGAUGAACAGUCUGAGAAUUUUCUUUGAUUUCAUUGGUAGGAAAAUCCCCUCAAUGUAGAUGAUAAAGGCCUUUGUUGAAAUGAUUCACUUUCUAUUAUGUUCUUUUACUGCUGCAGUCUUUAGUUCAGCAGGUCAGUUAAGCCCAAACACUUAUUUUCCUCAUUCAAGAAAGAUGUGAACCAUAUUUGAAACAAGUUAAGGCUGCGAGGAUGACCCUACUUUGUAUCCUCUAGUUCAAAGCUAAAACUAUUCCUCUCAGUUUUUGGAAAGAUAAAAAUUGUUUCCCACAGUAUAAUGGUUAAAUAAGGAAAGUUUCCGAGUUGGAUUGCAAGAUAAGAAUGUUUUAUGGUUUCUCAAUUUCUCCUAAUCACAGUGUCUCUUAUUUUGAUGGAAGCCUAGUUUUAUAGACCAGUUUUAUGACUAUAAUUACACUUAAUUUCAACUGUGUCUCACAGAGAAGUGAUUAGCUUACCUGGAAAAUCCUAGACAAUAGCAACCUCAAGCCAAUUUGAUCAUUCAGCUGAGAGCCAAUUUGUUCUAAUUCUUAAGUGACUGGUAUGUAAAACUCAAAUAAAAUCUUUGAUUUCAUUAGA